AUGCAAGCCCUACCAGAGUCUCGCCAACAAACUUUCGAGGAGAUCUACGGCCCUCCAGAAAACUUCCUCGAGAUUGAGGUGAAAAACCCACAAACCCACGGUUCCUCUCCUCGUAACAUGUAUACCUCUUAUGAAAUCCACACCCGUACCAAUAUUCCGGCCUUCAAACUUCGUCACUCGGUCGUCCGCCGCCGAUACUCCGACUUCGAGUACUUUCGAGAUAUCCUGGAGCGAGAAAGCGCCAGAGUCACAAUUCCCCCACUACCUGGAAAAGUAUUCACGAACAGAUUCUCGGAUGAUGUGAUUGAACACAGGAGGGAAGGGCUUCAGAGGUUCCUACAAAUAGUGGUCGGACACCCGCUGUUGCAGACUGGGAGCAAGGUUCUCGGGGCAUUUAUACAAGAUCCGAACUGGGAUCGAAACGACAUGGCCAGAAUGAUCAAACGAGAUGACGAGCAAAAUGACAAUUGGAAGCGAGGGCUUUUUGCGAGCAAAUCUCUGAAGGCAUUAUUCGACUCUGUGUUUUUGUUUCUUUCAAUUGAGCUUUCGACAUCCUCGCAGCACACUGAGCGAGUUGGUCAGGCAGGAAUGCAGCGUAUUGAAAAGUUCUCGGCUCUCUCACGACAGCGAAGCACCACGCCAGAAGUCUACACCUGCAUGGGAUGUCCGGCACAUACAAAGGACGCCUGGGGUACCUCAUUCGUGUGA